CCUGUUUAAAAGUUCAUUUUUCUAUCCUAAAUUUGGUUUUGUUUAUGGUGAGAGGGGAGCUGGUUAUGGACUGGUAUCGAAUACAAACGAAGCAUCAUGGCGUAAACGACGGCAACUUAUGAACCCAGCUUUUCACCGUAAGUGUCUGAAAGACUUCAUGGAUAAUUUUAAUAAUGUUUGUGACAUAUUUAUGACUCACCUGGAUAGAGUUGUUGAUGGUGGUAAGCCGACCAGUAUGCUGCAGGAAUUUACAAAAGUCACUUUGGAAGCUAUGAGUCAAGUGUCCUUUAAUAUCAAUACCCACGCUAUUGAAGAUACCAAUUCCAGGAGCAAUACGGCACUAUCUGUGCGGGUGCAGGACAACAUUGAUAUUCCACUCCACCCCACCCUCCUGGGAAUAUUCCAGUUCAAACUGUUUCAGAAUGCUAUCAAAAGAGAGCAAAUUGAUGCAGCACAAUUUCUCAGAAAAUUUGCCUCUGAUUGUACCACCACUCGGAUGAAGGACAUUGCUGACGAUAAAGCCGUUCCCGAUGACUUAUUGAGUCUCUUGAUUAAAGAUGGCAGUUUGACAUUGGAUGACAUCAUUGAUGAGUUUGUGACCAUAUUCCUUGCCGGACAAGAGACAACUGCAAAUUCAUCGUCAUUUACCUUGUAUGAAAUUAUUAGAAAUUCCCAUGUUGAAGCAAAACUUUUAAACGAGGUUAACGAAGUGCUUCACGGUCGUGAUUAUCUGGAGUUUGAUGAUUUGGCAAAACUGAAGUAUUUUGGUCAAGUUUUGGAGGAAUCUUUGAGAAAAUAUCCUGUAGCACCAGCACCUUCUAGAGUGCUAGCAAAAUAUAUUACAGUUGGAGGAUAUCAUAUUCCAAAAGGAAAUGGAAUUGACAGUCUACAGAUAUUUUUUUCAAUGAAUCCUGAAAUUUGGGAGAAUCCAGACAUUUUUGACCCAGAAAGAUUCUCUGAAACCAAAAACAUUCCAAAUUUUAGCAUGACCCAUUUCCCCUUUUCUAUUGGCCCUCGUAAUUGCAUUGGGUAGACAUUUUCCAAGUUUGAAUCAAAAGUUAUCCUUGCAAAAUUGCUGCAGAAGUUUCAGUUCAGAUUAUUGCCUGGUCAGACUAAUAGGGUGAAAGCAAGACUAACAAGUACUCCUCGAGAUGGUGUGAUGUGUGAGGUCACUUAUAGACGUGAAUAAUGGGAGGGACAUCCUUUAGCAUACAAAAUUGAUUGGUCUGUUAAACUAUGUGUUAAUAAUGCUUGUGAGGUUACUCUGAGUGUAUAUCCACACCGGGCAAGCUUGAAAAAUAUGCCUGACCACGGUGGGAAUCGAACCUACGACCUUUGGAAUACUAGCCCAAUGCUCUGCCAACUGAGCUACGCGGUCUGGUCGGUUCGACUAUGUGAUAUUACGGAACAGAAUCUAGUUCGACCAGACCACGUAGCCCAGUUGGCAGAGCAUUGGGCUAGUAUUCCAAAGGUCGUAGGUUCGAUUCCCACCGUGGUCAGGCAUAUUUUUCAAGCUUGCCCGGUGUGGAUAUACACUCAGAGUAACAUCGCAAGCAUGAUAUUCACCUGAGUACAUUACACCAACACAGAAAAAAAUGGUAACAAUUUCCGCACGUAAUACAAACGUAUACAAAAUUUGCAAGGCCAUAUUUUCCAAGCUUUACAACAUUUUGCAAGCAAAUUUUGCAAUUUCAUUAAUUUCAUGAUGUUCUAUAAAGCUGUGGUGUUUGAUUCCCUUCUCUUUACUUAGAUUAAAAUUUAGUCUGACAUGCAAGUUGUCGGCCAUUCUUACUGUUGUGUUUCGUUUCUUGUUAGUUCUUAUCUUCAUUCUGAGUGGGCGACAGCUGAGAAGCUAAUGCAGCUUGAUAAACGAGUUCAAAUGAAGAUUAAAAGAUUCUUCAUAAAAAGAAGCACAAUGCCAUUUCCUGAUGAAGUGAGUGUACACUUUAGCGUACCUAUUUUUAUACCAGAAUUCUCUAAUGUGAAUGUAUUUUUAUCUAUUUUUAAAUGUGUAUGUAAACUCGUGAGAAUGUACCUAUAUUUUUAUAUUUGAUGUACCUUUGGAUGUUACCACUGUCAGAAAACUUGUUGAUUUUCUUUACCGUAUUCAGAAAGCAUUUAGGUGGGACCGGCAUAUCAUAAUAGACAAUUCCCAUUAUAGACUAAUUUUUUAUCUCGGCAAAAAAAGUAUAUUCCCGUAAAAGAACAUACUAAAAUGAGCAAAAUUGCAAAGUUUGGUUGCGAAAUGUUGUAAAAUGCGGAAAAUAUAGCCUUGCAAAGUUCGCAAAUUUUGCGUACUUUUGUAUUGCGUGCGGAAAUUGCUACCACAUUUGGGCCGAAAAUACCAGCAAUUUCCGCACGCAAUACAAAAGUAUACAAAAUUUGCAAACUUCGCAAGGCUAUAUUUUCCGCAUUUUACAACAUUUCGCAACCAAACUUUGCAAGUUUACUCAUUUUAGUAUGCUCUUUCUAGCUGUGGUGAUUUAUUUGCACCUCCUUGCCUAUAGUUUUAAGAUUACUCUAUAAUGAGAAUUGUCUAAUUGCUUCUUUUAAUUCCGUGUUAGAUUGACGAUGAACCAUUCAAUCCUGAUUACGUCGAGGUUGACCGAGUUCUGGACGUCUCGACAGGCGUCGAUCAAACUGGAGCGGUACGUAUUUUGGUCAGGCCUCGAAUUUCCCCGAAAUCAAUCGACGACAAUGGCGUUAAAAAUUUCCGUAGAACGUAACAGCUGUCUACGGCAAUUUUGGCACGCCGUUCCACGGCAUUUUUUCAAGUUAUUGUUAGUGUAAUUUUAUUGUUACUUUGGAUUGUUGACAAGCUAGAAACAUGUUUACGUAUUUUAGUUUUUCGAAGAAAACUGAGACUAAAAUAGUAAUUUACGCAUAAUUUGAUCAACAUCUGAAUUCAAGUAUCAAAAUAGUAAUGUACAGUGAAUAGUAUAAAAAAUUGCACAAUACGGCAAAAAAUUGCCGUCCUUGCCGCAAUAAUCCACAGCAUUUUGUUCUCCCACUACGGCAAUUGCCGCGAUUGCUGCGAUAAAAUUCAAGCCCUAAUUUUGGUUGUGGGUUGAUCGGUUAGUUGGUGUUUGCACUUGUAGCAAGGCACCUUGCACGUAAUUUACGUUUAUGCAGGGCUCAAAUAACGGGAGAUGGUCUCCGAUCAUUGAUACGCUUACACUAACAGUGAAACAAACUAUUAGAAACUUGUUUCGAUACAUCAUAGUUUCAUGUUUUAAUGGACCUAUUACCUAAUGAACAAAAUUUUGAUCUAGACAAGUCUGGACAAAAAUUUCAUCACAGCUUGAAAGAGCGUCACAAAAUUAGUAAUAUUCCGAAGUUUCGUUGCGAAAUGUUGUAAAAUGCGGAUAAUAUAGCCCUGCGAAGUUUGCCGUUUUUCAGUCAUUUUGUAUUACGCACGGGAAAUUGAUACCUUUUUUCAGAUAGCGGUAUCAAUUUCCCGUGCGUAAUACAAAAUGACUAAAUAACGGCAAUCUUCGCAAGGCUAUAUGCCUAUAUUAUCCGCAUUCCACAACAUUUCGCAACGAUACUUUAGAAUAUUACUAAUUUUGUGAUGCGUUUUCAAACUGUAAUGAAAUUUUUGUCUAGACUUGUCUAGAUCAAAAUUUUGUUCAUUAGGUAAUAGGUCCAUUCAAGACAUCAGCAAUCACAUCGGCGAGGUAAAAAAGUGACCGGUCAAGAUGUAUUUUUGGCCGGUCAUUAUUGUCCGUUGACCGGCUGUUAUCUUGAGUCCCGUUAUGUAAAAUUUGAUGUUCAUUUUUAGCCUGUGAGUCAUUAUUUGGUGAAAUGGCGAUCAUUGGCUUACGAUGAAAGCACGUGGGAAGUAGAGGUAUGUUUUGUGGGUUUAUUUGUCGUUGUAUUUCUUUUCUUCGUGGCCAGAAAUCGCGGACAUGAUUUAUUCUAUGCUUGUGAUGUUACUCUGAGUGUAUAUCCACACCGGUGUCACAGCAGAUUUGGACUCCCCGCGGAUAUGGACCCCCCGGUCCAUAUCAGCUAGCGGAUUCGGACCCCUACGGUACAUAUCCGCUAGCUGAUAUGUACCCCCUUCCGCGGAAUUGGACCCCCUAAAAUUCACAAAAAGAAGUUUUGAAACGAUUUGCAGUUGAGUGUGCAUGGAAAUUUAGGCGUCAGUUUAAUUGAAAUUAUGAUAACUAAUGGCAUGACUCAACUAUCUUGGAAUUUGCUUAAUGACGAAAACAAGUAUUGAGAUGCUAAUUUUAUAAAAGUUUAGGGUUGAAAUGUUGAAUGGAAUGCAUCACUUUGUUAUGCGUAUGUUAAAGCAAAAAUAAUUUGAAACAUAUUUUCAUUUUCCGUUUUUAUUUGAGCAGUUAAGAGUCAGAGCAGAUAGCAAUUCCAAGGAGUAAAAUACUUGUGAAGGCUUCAUGCGCUUCUCAGUUCUCGCACAUUCCAAGAUCAUAGAAAUAAACCAAUCAUAAACUUUGACGGGAUUCUUUAAUGUUAAAAUCUAAGAUUUGAUGAUCUAAAAAUCUUCGUACGGUUUUUAAAAUAAAUCGGAUGAGAUUUAUGACGAUUUAAAACGCUUUCAGUGCAAUAUUCAAAAUACAGUACGUUGCAAUGAUAAAAUACGCGAGGGGUCCAAAUUCGCGAGGGGAGUCCAAAUCCGCUAGCGAAUAAAGACCCCCAUAGGUCCAUAUAUUCGCUAGCGGAUAUGGACUCCCCGGUUCAUAUUCGCUAGCGGAUUUGGACCGGGGGGUCCAUUUUGAGGGGAGUCCAAAUCUGCUGGGACACCGGGCAGGCUUGAAAAAUAUGCCUGGCCACGGUGGGAAUCGAACCUACGACCUUUGGAAUACUAGCCCAAUGCUCUGCCAACUGAGCUACGCGGUCAGGUCGAUUCUAACUCAGAGUAACAUCACAAGCAUCUUGUUCACCUGAGUACACUACACCAACACACCAAAUAUCAUGAUUUAUUCUAUAUUUUUUUUCGUAAUUUGCAUAUCACGUUGAAAAAUGGCUUCAACAGGAAACAGUGAAUUGUAUAACGCGACGUUAUUAAUCGCAACAUUUGAGAAUAAAUUAGGUCGUUUGCAACUUGCCUCAAUCGCUGGCUCCAAAACGCUGGCUGCCAGGACAUUGGCAAUAAAAAAUGAGUUUGUCUCAUUCAAAAGAACUCUUAAAAUUAUGUAUUAAACUCUAUUACUGAUUUGUCAUACCUUGCUUAGUUAUCGAAAUAUUUAGACCGAAAUUAAUGAGCUGUUCGCCAUCUUGGACUAAUUCUUGACCUCAUUAACUAUGGUUUUGAUGACGUCAAGAGUUGGGUUAACCAUAUAAAACUACUCUAAAAUGACCGAGUAACAAUUCAAAAUUGUUUGAAAUGUUUUUAACCAUUUCUAUAAAUUUCAGACAGCAACCAGAAACGAAGUUUUGGACCCAUAUUGAUCGCUUACUCUCGAGAUAAAAAAUUAGCGUGACCCCUCUCUUGACGUAACAUGCAUAUCCUCAAUAAUCCAAGAUGGCGAACAGCUCACUUUUUUCAAUCGAAAUAUUUUGAAAACUAAGCAAAAAAGAUAUAAACAGUCUGUAAUAGAGUUUACAGUCGUGCCAAUAGUAGCGUUCCGAAAAAUGUUGACCAGUUCAUUUCCUAACUUCGAGGAAUUCCUCUGAACAAUUCCUCAACAAUUUGAUAAGUUCCUUAAAAAGUUCCUAACUUCCUGUUUCAUUGACCAAUCAGAUUGCUCAAAAAUAAAAUAUAAAUUCUGAUUGGUCAAUGAAACGGGAAGUUAUGAACUUUUUAAGGAACUUAUCAAAUUGUUGAGGAAUUGUUCAGAGGAAUUCCUCGAAGUUAGGAAAUGAAUUGGUCAACAUUUUUCGGAAAGCUCCUAUUGGCACGACUGUAAUAUAUAGUUUUAAGAGUUCUUUCAAAUGAACUAAACUAUUGUUUUAUUGCCAAUGUCAUUUAAAUAACUUGAUAGCCUGGUAAUGCAUAAAAUAUAAAAUAACGAUCUUUUUAGGCUGAUGUCGACAACCAAUCCGUGAACAGAUUUCGAAGUAUCCAAGUGGCUCCCCCGCCGCAUGAAAGACAGGUGAGAGCUUUGUUAUUUUAGGAUAAGGUGGUUCUUAUAACGAAAACGAAUAUCGGCUGAAAAAACCCCCGAGUGAAUAGUUAUAACGUUGAUGUUUUUUUCAGUUCCGUCGACGUCCACACCCUAGCGAAUGGCGAAAACUCGAUAAAUCUCCGAUGUUUAAGAACUCCAACACCUUACGAGAAUAUCAACUUGAGGGCUUGAACUGGCUAACAUUUUGCUGGUAUAACGGGUAUGUUGUGCUUUUGAACGCUAUUCUAACAUAGGACUCUUCCCUUGGCAAGAAAAUACACGCGUAAAAAUCCUCGCAGCUUGUCAACCAGAUGUGUUCGCACUGCUUGUUCCCAGUCAGGAACAACUUGUUAUCGUCUUGUAACAAGGUUGAUGAGGCCCACAGAUUUGUUCCAACAAGUCUGAUAUAUCGUCUGCACGUAACAAGUUGUUAACAAGUUGAUGACAACAAGCUCGUAGCAACUUGUUACGAACAGCCUGUAUUAAUCUUGUUGGAACAACUUGUAGCAAGUCUGUUACCGUCAUCAACCUUGUAACAAGGUGAUAACAACUUGUUCCAGACUUGUCACAACAACUGGGAACAAGCAGUGCGAACACAUCCUGAUAUCGACUUGACAACAAUCUUGUUACAACUUGAAGAUCUGUAAGAACUCGUGCGUGUUGACGCGCACACAUGUAUCUUUGUGAAUAAAUUCUAUGAUUGCUCUAUUUAGACAAAACUGUAUUCUCGCUGAUGAGAUGGGUCUUGGAAAAACGAUUCAAAGUCUGGCAUUUCUUAUUCACGUCAUGGUAAGACACGUGAUAUCUUCUAGCGGCACACGUGAUAGAUGUGGUUAGAGCGUUGUACCGUACCGUUGAGGCUGCUACUGCAGGCGUAGGCACGCUCCACCUGUGAAGGUUAACCAGCUCUCUCGUUGUGUCGUGGUCCCAAGACCCGGGUUCAAUCCUUGAUCGGACCUCUACUCAAGGUCUUAAAAUAAUCGAGGAGAAAGAGCUACCUUUACAUUGACAUCAGUAAAUGGUUAGACUUCAGCGUCUUCUUGGAUAAGGACGUUGGAAAAUCCAACAUAGCAAUAGCCUGUUGGAAAAUCCACUCACCAAUGAGUGAGCAACUCGAUAAACAACUCGAUUUUUCUGUGAGGAAAAAACGGAAUCUGUUUGAAAGACACAUGAUGAAAAGGCAUGAGUCACGUUGAUCUGAUCAUUUCUGAUGAACCUACCAUGUUGCUGCCUUCCUUCUGAUGUCAAAUUUUCAAAAAAAUUAUACCUGGUGCUGGACACCAUUAGCGGUGGUGGUGGUGGGGGGGGGGGUUGCUCCCCCCCCUGCGCCCCACCGGUAAAUCCGCCCUUGGACUAUGGUAUAAUUUAGCGGUCCGUCGUAAACGUCAAUGCUAAGUUCUCUAAUGUUUUUCCCUAGCAAUAUGGCAUUCGUGGGCCGUUCCUUGUCAUCGCCCCCCUUUCGACCAUCGCAAACUGGCAGCGAGAAUUUGAAUCUUGGGGUGAUACGAACGUUGUGGUUCAUCACGGAAGGUACAAUCACUUUGCUUUUAACAGGGUGUAGUAGCUACAGUAAAAAAAUCGGCGUUAUACUGUACGCCAUUUUCACAAUUACGUUUAGCCAGCAAUUUCACAAUUUAGACCAGCCAAAAAUGUAACUAUUAUAUGUAUAAAAGAUUGUUCAACGUGUCAAAACUUUGGUGAAGAAAAAUUGGGUGCCAGAUAAGUGUUGCGAGGAUGUCGUGUAGCCUAAAAUAUAGAUAUUUGUCUGUUUUUAGUACGCAAAACAAUGUCAGGUGACUCGCACUUCAAAACUUUCAAUUUAGCUGGCGCUAGGCCACGAGAACGUCACUUAAGAAACACGAUAUUUCUUAAACUUCGGUCUGAAUAAUGUCGCAGGCUAACUGAAAUUCCCAAUUUCAAUAAAUUGCCGAAUUUUUUAAUCUUCUGGCUAGCACCCUGUUUAACAAUGAAUGAAAUCUCGUGUCGUUUAUUACCAAGCUAUAAUUAAAAACUUCUGUUUUAUUCAAUAGCGCUGCAAGUCGACAUCUGAUUCAACAAUACGAGUUCUAUUUUCGUGGACCUCAGGUAAGUCUCUAAGAGAAGUCCACGGAUUUGUUACUCGCUGCAAAUGGGAACAAUGUUUUUUUUUCUUUCUGGGUGGGAACCUGGGUUUAGGGCUCAGAAUUUUCUGCAAAAGAUUACAAUAUAGCUAAUAUGAUAGGGAUCUGUCUUUUUUACCUUGUAUGAAGCAAUAUGUCUUCAAGAUUGAUAAGGUAUACAAGAUACAUGCUGAAGUAGUCGUAUAGUAUACAGUCUUAUAGGAUUAAAAACACAUUUCCCACUGUAUAGGCUAUAUGAAUAUUUUCCUUCCAAACUGUUCCACUGUAAUUUAGGUAUCGAGUUAGGAGAUUUAUUAGGUAUCCAAUCAUUUCAAUAAUCAGGUAUUUAGUAAUUUAGGCAUUCAAUCAGUGUAAUUUUUAGAAUUAGUUACCAAACAUAAAAAAAUGUAUGAAAAUUUCAGCAAAAUGUAGAUCCCCAAAAAAUUUCUGGUUUCCGUAAACACAUACUUGUUUAAUAUGUAUGCAAUAAAUUUAUUAAUUUUCUUUAAUUUGAAGGGCGAACCAGUGAUUGGCCUGUACAAAUUCAAUGUUUUGAUAACGACGUACGAAAUUCUAAUAGGUUGGUGACAUUUUGUGUACAUUUCAAAAAUUUAACAUUUUACAAACGUUUGAGAAAGAUAAUGUUUUCAAUAAGUAAUAUUUAUAUUCUUUUUGUAGCGGAUAACAUUUUGUUGAGCAGCGUACCAUGGAGAGCUGUUGUGAUUGACGAAGCCCAUAGAUUAAAGAACAGAAAUUGUAAACUCCUUGAGGGAUUAAACAAUUUACAGAUGGUAAGCAAAAUAUACAAUUUGUGAAAGCUCUUUCCUUUGAGUAAGCUGUUUAAAACAGGCGUGGUGGUCCAGUGUAGGUAGUAUUCUUCAAUAAGCUGUCGUGGUUUGUGUCUGAACUACCUGAAAAAGGUAUCUCAAACGUGGUGGUCCAGUGUAGGUAAUAUUCUACAAUAAGCUGCCGUGGUUUGUGUCUGAAUUCCACCUGAAAAGAUAUCUCAAAUGUAGAGGUCCAGUGUAGGUAGUAUUCUACAAUAAGCUGUCGUGGUUUGUGUCUGAACUACCUGAAAAAGAUAUCUCAAAUGUAGAGGUCCAGUGUAGGUAGUACUCUACAAUAAGCUGUCGUGGUUUGUGUCUGAACUACCUGAAAAAGAUAUCUCAAACGUGGUGGUCCAGUGUAGGUAGUAUUCUACAAUAAGCUGUCGUGGUUUGUGUCUGAACCACCUGAAAAAGAUAUCUCAAACGUAGUGGUCCAGUGUAGGUAGUAUUCAAUAUUUCUACUUUGACAUUUCGAGGGAAUGUUGAAAACAAGUCAUCUUAUCCAUCUGGCCAGUGAUUUAAACAGUGUUCUGACUUUGUUCUCAUGACGAAGUUCUUGUACACAUAAGAGGCUGCUAAUGAGGCCAAUCCGUUGCCGGCUACCUUUCAACAGGAAAUAUAUUUAAAGUAGGACAGCUAGGUACAACUACUAGAAAAAUACAAGCAAAACUUCGACGUUUUGAGAGCAAGAUAAAACGUUUACUUGCCCGUCAUGAUAUUCACUUGCCCCGGGCGAGUGUUAAGUUACACCUCUGACUCAAUUCUGAUCGUUGUAGGAACACAGAAUUCUACUAACCGGCACGCCAUUACAAAACAACGUUGAUGAACUGUUCAGUUUGUUGAAUUUCCUCGAGCCAGCUCAGUUUCCAUCGCAAGGUGCUUUUCUAAUGGAGUUUGGAAAUCUUAGGACUGAAGCACAAGUUGAAAGACUACAAGCUGUAAGUAGACGCGUGUGUGUAUAUAGUAUUCUAUACGAUAAACUGUCCUUGUUUUGGUUGAAACAACUGCAAAUAAAUCACCGCAGCUAGAAAGAGCAUACUAAAAUGAGUAAAAUUACAAAGUUUGGUUGCGAAAUGUUGUAAAAUGCAGAAAAUAUAGCCUUGCAAAGUUUGCAAAUUUUGUUUUUGUGUUGCGUGCGGAAAUUGCUACCAUUUUCGGCCCAAAUGUAGUUGCAAUUUCCGCACGCAAUACAAAAUUUGCAAACGUUGCAAGGCUAUAUUUUCUAGCUCUGGUGAUUUAUUUGCAUCUCCUUGCUUAGUUUUAAAAUUAGUCUAUAAUGGGGUAUUGUAUAUUUCAUGUCUCUCUUACAUCUUGCAGCUACUGCGACCGAUGAUGUUACGACGAAUGAAGGAAGAUGUCGAGAAAAGUCUGGCGCCGAAAGAGGAGACAAUUGUUGAGGUAGGCACUAGGCAAUCGUCGAAACGAAACUAAUAUUUAUACUGGAUAAGGCCCAGGCCUCGAAAGAAAUGGCGGUCAUUGAUCCAGAUACUAAAUAUUCUUGUGUAAAUUGCACGGUGGCCAUAUUUUUAUACAAAACGUCACAAUACUCGAAUUGCUCUUUUUCACAUUUGUAAAUUUUCCUCGUUAUUCUCGCCAAGAAAGUGAGCAUUUCCUUCAAAGAAAGUGAGCAUUUUCUUCAGAAUAAUGAUCAGAUGAGGCGCUGUGGCACUUUGAAAUGAUGUUUCACAUGGUUAGAUCACUGAUAUUUAGUUGAUGACAAUAUAUGACUGAUCAAAGUGUUGAACCUCGUUGAAAUUUGUGCCAAACUCUUCAGUUAACAGGAGGAAACCUAAACUAAACUAACUUUAUUUAUACUGGAUAGCUCUAUCAGUUCUAAACUGGUUUCCCUAGAGGUCCAGUAAGGAUCAUCUCGUAUUGAUCCAGUGUUACUAGAGGAAGAAACCUAAACUAACUUUAUUCAUAUUGGAUAGUUCUAUCAGUUCUAAACUGUUCUUCCUGGAGGUCCAGUAAGGAUAAUCUCUUAUUGAUCCAGUGUUACUACAGGAGGAAACCUAAACUAAACUAACUUUAUUUAUACUGGAUAGUUUAUCAGUUCUAAACUGUUCUUCCUAGAGGUCUAGUAAGGAUCAUUUCUUAUUGAUCCAGUGUCACCACAGGAGGAAACCUAAUAUAAACUAACUUUAUUUACACUGGAUAGCUCUAUCAGUUCUAAACUGUUCUUCCUAGAGGUCCAGUAAGGAUCAUCUCUUAUUGAUCCAGUGUUACUACAGGAGGAAACCUAAACUAAACUAACUUUAUUUAUACUGGAUAGCUCUAUCAGUUCUAAACUGUUCUUCCUAGAGGUCCAGUAAGAGUCAUCCCUUAUUGAUCCAGUGUUACUACAAAAGGAAACCUAAACUAAACUAACUUUUUUAUACUGGAUAGUUCUAUCAGUUCUUAACUGUUCUUCCUGGAGGUGCAGUAAGAAUCAUCUCUUAUUGAUCCAGUAUUACCACAGAACUAAAUUAACUUUGUUUAUACAGGAUAGCUCUAUCAGUUCUGCAGCUCAUAACAUUUAUAGAUGAUUUGGUAAUUACUAUUCUAAUUUUAGGCUAAACGCGACGUGAUUUGUGACAUCGUAGGUGCACUAUUCGCAUUACAGAAUGCUGUCAUUACCCAUGGUUCAGUUCUGAUGGACAAUAUUUAUAUCGAUAAUGAUGGCAGAGGAAUAUUAGGAGAAUAUUGUUUUAUCCAUGACACUGUAAGUAGAACGUAUUUCGACUGGUCUGUCUAGAAAUAUAAGAGGGAUUUCUGGAUGGAAAUGGACCUAUUCCCUAAUGAACAAAAUUUUGAUCGACACAAGUAUGGAUAAAAAUUUCACCACAUCUUGAAAGAGCAUCACAAAAUUAGUAAUAUUCGGAGGUUUUGUUGCGAAAUGUUGUAAAAUGCGAAUCAUAUAGCCCUGCGAAGUUUGCCGUUUUUCAGUCAUUUUGUAUUACGGGCGGGAAAUUGAUACCGCUUUCUGAAAAAAGGUAUCAAUUUCCGGUGAGUAAUACAAAAUGACUGGAAAACGGCAAACUUCGCAGGACUAUAUUAUCCGCAUUUUACAACAUUUCGCAACGAAAGUUCGGAAUAUUACUAAUUUUGUGAUGCUCUUUCAAGCUGUGGUGAAAUGUUUGUCUAGACUUGUCUAGAUCAAAAUUCUGUUCAUUAGGGAAUAGGUCCAUUCGUUCUGGUUUGAGAUAUUACUUCAACUGCAGCCCCUCUGGCAGGAAUCGAAUCUGCGGCCCUGCGAUUUCGGUGCAGCGUCAGGGUUCGUAGCGGUCUUUGAAAUCCUUGAAAGUCUUUAAAUUUGAAUGCAGGUCUUUAAGGUCUUUGAAAAGCCUUUGAAUUGUGUGAAAAAGCGAAGAAAGUCACUUUAAAAGUCUUUAAAUUCUUUAGUGAGUAUUUAAUUAUACGAUUUCCUAGCUAAUAAAAUAGAUUGAUUGAAGCAAAAUUUUCGCAAAGAUCAACGAAAAGGCGCAUUUUAGGAUGUGAUUUGACGGGACUAAUUACUGGGUUUACACUCGCAAUUUUUCGACAGCUGAUUGCCUUCAAAGGUCUUUGAAAAGUCUUUGAAAAUAGGCAGAACAAAUCUUUGAAAGUCUUUGAAUUGUUUUGGUCUUGGAGACUACGAACCCUGAGCGCUCUAACACAGCUAUGACUAGAAAUAUGUUUAUUUUUUUAGAAAAAACGCGUGUCUACGACGGCUGAAUUAUUGCUACAGAACUCCGUUCCAGUCUCUUGUGAUACUUCUCCGAUUUUUGAUAUGUUCUGUCUUGGUGAAAUUGCCUGGGUGGUGAGUAUGUUGAUACUUUUUUGUGUGUGUUGAAUAUGAUGUUUGUGAUGUUACUCUAAGUGUGCAUCCACACCGGACAAGCUGAAAAGUUAACUUGACCACGGUGUGAAUCAAACCCCGCGACCUUUGGGAUACUAGUCCAAUGCUCUGCCAACUGAGCUACGUGGUCGAGUCGGUUAGAGUUGGUGAUAUUUCGAAACUGAAUCUAGUUCCUUCGAUAUCAAUGUAUUCUAAGAUAUGAUACUUUUUGUGUGUGUUGGUGUUAUGUACUCAGGUGAAUAUGAUGUUUGUGAUGUUAUUCUGAGUGUGCAUCCACACCGGGCAAGCUGAAAAGUUUGCCUGAGCACGGUGGGAAUUGAACCCGCGACCUUUGGAAUACUAUAGUAUACACUAUACCGAAAUAUCACCAACUUGAACCGACUUGACCUCGUAGCUCAGUUGGCAGAGCAUUGGACUAGUAUCGUAGGUUCGAUUCCCACCGCGAUCAUGCAAACUUUUCAGCUUGCCCGGUGUGGAUGCACCUUCAGAGUAUGUUGAUGUUUUCUUCACAUGCGAAAAGCGUUCAAUCAGUCAAUCGGCUGUCCGAACCAUUCUUGAAAUUAUCCGACGUAGAGAGGAAACCCUCGGACAUUCUGUCGAGGUUUAUUGUUUGUCCGACCCGAGUGUAUUGGUGUCAGACGCAGUCACGAUUUGUCCCCAAAACAUUUUUUAUCUAGACAAGGACGACGAAAUCUAUCACUAUAGCUCAAAAGAGCAUCCUAAAAUUAGUCAAAUUGCAACGUUUGGUUGCGAAAUGUUGUAAAAUACGAAAAUAUAGCCCUGUAAAAUUAGCAAAUUUUGAGUAUUUUAGUAUUACGCGAAGGAAAAUGCAACCACUUUCGGCUCAAAAGUAUUCUAUAUUUUUUGUAUUUUACAACAUUUCGCAACCAAACUUUGCAAUUUGACUAUAAUUUUAGGAUGCUCUUUUGAGCUAUAAUGAUAGAUUUCGUCCUUCUUGUCUAGAUAAAAAUUACUCGAUAGCUGGAAUAAUCUAUCCAUCCUGAAAAUAACAGUAACUUUCUUUUCUCUUAGCAAAUAGAGUGAUACGAAUUGACCGCUUCGAAUUCGUGGGCAAUGAAGUCGUAUUGACAGGAAAAACAUUCUGCGUGUUUAUUAACUUUUACGUUGUGUGCCAUUUUGUGAUUUAGUGUGAAAAAAAUGUGUGUCAAAAUAAUGUAUCCAAUCUCAUUUUCGUUUUCAAAAUUUAUUACCUUUCGGUCGAGUCCGUCAAGUGACCGUCCAAGGAGUGAUUUAAAGUCAGACGUAUUAACGGCUUAUUGACCGAGCGUGAUGUCUGUACUGUGAAAUAUCAGACCGAGGUUUUUUAGUCAGAAAAAAAAAGACAGAGGUCUGAUAUUUCACAGUACAGACCGAACAAGCGAGGUCAAUAAUCGGUUUAUUAUAUGGCUGAACUGAGUCUGUGAGCAUAUGCUUUUCGCGCGAAUUAAAUCGGCUAUCGUCAGUUUAUAUAUACUAAAACUGUCUGUACCCGUGUUGGUAGUACCAAUGUGAAAAUGCUGUGUGUAGUACCAAUGUGAAAAUGUUGACGAAGGGCCUUCGCUCGAAACGUCGAGUUUCUGCUUAUAAUAUAACCACGCAGCACAGUUUCGUCAGUUUCACUGGGUAACAAUAUACGGUAGGCAUGCAUGCUCAAUCAAAAACAAUUUGGUUUUUUGAAAUUUUUAUCUGUAAAUUUUAAUGACACACAAUUGGAAAAUUGGAAAGCAAAAUUUUUUUCUGUUUGCAAAACAAAAAUUUCCCGCCAGAUAAACGACAUCCGGGACACCGGUCCAGAUACGGAAAAUACGGACCACGGUCCGGAUAUGGGUUUUUACGGACAGCUUGUCAACCAAUCAGAAUAGAGAAUUUUGAAAAGCCAUAUAAUAAAUUAUGUUAUUGCUAUUUAGUGUGAUGCACACGCAAAAAUCUCACAUCUUGUAGCAAGUCUGCCAACAAGCCGUCAACAAGUUGUGUUCGCACUGCUUGUCCCAAGUUGUCAACAAGUUUGGAACAAGCUGUUAACAACUUGUAACAACUUGGUUGAUAUUAUCAGACUUGUUGCAAGGUUGUUCUAACAAGUCCAAUACAAUCAUGAUAUAACAAUGUUGCUACAACCUUGUGUGGUCAACGUUGUAACAUUCUUGUUAUAUCAUAACUGUAUCGGACUUGUUAGAACAACUUUGUAACAAGUCUGAUAAUGCCAUCAAGCUUGUUACAAGUUAUUAACAGUUUGUUCCAAACUCGUUACAACAACUGGGAACAAGCAGUGCGAACACAACUUGUCGACUGUUUGUGAACAGAUUUGUAACAACUUGUGCGUUUUUACGUUUUACUACUCGCGUAAACGUAAAAAUUACAGAUCUGCAAACAAGUUGUAAUAAGGUUGUUGUGAAGCCGAUAUCAGGAUGUGUUCGUACUGCUUGUUCCCAGUUGUUGUGACAAGUUUGGAACAACCUGUUAACAACUUGUAACAAGCUUGAUGGCAUUAUCAGACUUGUUACAAAGUUGUUCCAACAAGACUGAUACAGCCAUGAUAUAACAAGAAUGUUACAAGGUUGACGACACAAGGUUAUAACAAUAUUGUUAUAUCAUGAUUGUAUCGGACUUGUUGGAACAACCUUGCAACAAGUUUGAUAAUAUCAACAAGGUUGUUACAAGUUGUUAACGCUUGUUCCAAACUUGUUGACAACUUGGGACAAGCAGUGCGAACACAACUUGUUGACAGCUGUUAACAGCUUGUAACACGCUUGAUGGCAUUAUCAGACUUGUUACAAUGUUGUUCGAACAAGUCUGAUACAGUCGUGGUAUAACAGGAAUGUCACAAGACGAGUUGUUUACCCAACCCUUAUCUCUUCGGUGCUACCCCUCGCCAUAAAUAAUGACCGGGCCUUAAGACCCGUAACGGGGGGAGGGGGUAACGAUACACAAGUAAAAACACGUCAAAAUUUGUUACAGAUCUACAAACAAGUUGUAACAAGGUUGUUGUGAAGCCGAUAUCAGGGUGUGUUCGCACUGCUUGUUCCCAGUUGUUGUGACAAGUCUGGAACAAGUUGUUAUCAUCUUGUUACAAGGUUGAUGACGGUAACAGACUUGCUACAAGUUGUUCCAACAAGACUAAUGCAAGCUGUUCGUAACAAGUUGCUACGAGCUUGUUGUCAUCAACUUGUUAACAACUUGUUACGUGCAGACGAUAUCAGACUUGUUGGAACAACUUGUUGCGAGUCUGUUGGCCUCAUCAACUUUGUUACAAGAUGAUAACAACUUGUUCCAGACUUGUCAACAACUGGGAACAAGCAGUGCGAACACAUCUUGUUGACUGACUGCGAUAUUAAGCGUGACUAGAAGCAAAUGAACUUUUUCUCACCGAGAUUAUGAGUAACAUAGACUAUGAGUAAACAAAUUUUGUCCUUUGCAGGUUUUUUUAGGCGAUGAACCGGUGCCGAGGGACAUGACAUCUUUACAGAAACAUUCUACGGUAAAUAUUUAAAGUUACUAUGAAGAAAUGUCUCAUGAUUUUUAACGUUGAAGUCUUAAGAACUGUUUUGAAAAUAGGUUUUCAUACUCAAUACGUAUGAAAAUGAGUAUGAAAAACUUUAUUUGAGUAGGGUAGAGCUUUUGCCCUAAUGCAAGUCAGAAGCAAAAGACAAAUAAAUGUGAAUCCGUAUCGUUGUCUUGAAACCAUGACAAUGUGGAGCCGAAACUAACACCUCGUAGGAAAGAAAUAUUGAUCUACGCAAGAAGAACAAAACCCAUCACCACAGCUAGAAAGAGCAUGUUAAAAUUAGUAAAAUUGCAAAGUUUGGUUGCGAAAUGUUGUAAAAUGAGGAAAAUAUAGCCCUGCGAAAUUUGCAAAUUUUGUAUUAAUUUGUAUUACAAACGGGAAAAUACACCACGUUUGAGCCAUAGAUAUCUUAUAUAUAAGAUAUCUAUGGUUUGAGCCGAAAAAUUUGCAAAUUUCGCAGGGCUAUAUUUUCCUCAUUUUACAACAUUUCCCAACCAAACUUUGCAAUUUUACUAAUUUUAACAUGCUCUUUCUAGCUGUGGUGAUGGAUUUUGUUCUUCUUGCCUAGAUCAAAACUUAUACUAUUGCUGGAAUCGGCCAUUGAAGCCUUCAAAUAUAAAUAGUUUUUCUUAUCCUCGCUCAACAGCAAACUUUGAAGGCUGUGGUGCGUUUUCCUGCGCGUAACUUGAAAUUUCGCUUCAGCCAAUCAUAUGACUUGAACAUUGGAUUUAGCGUUCCAGUUUCCAUAGAGUUCACUGGUUAAACCUCUUGCUACUUUCUAGAGCAAAGCCAUAUCAUUCAUGUUGGCGUACCUUCUUGCCCUAAACGGCGGUGCACGUCCCACGGCUAACCAACUCAUACAACAUCCUUUCUUUACUGACGAAAAUUAUUUCGAUGUCAUGGACAAAACCGCACCACAUGACCAAAUUAAGCCUCAAGAAACCCAGGGGAAAUCACCACCGGCUGAAAAUACCCUAUCGGAAGAAAGUACCUUACCGGAAGAAAAUACCCAACUGGGCGAAAGUUCCGGACCGGAAGUUGGUACCCUACCGGGAGAAGGGACCCUGCCGGAAGAAAGUACCGAAACGGAAGUAAAUACCCAACCGGACACAAGUACCCCACCGGAGGUAAAUAGCCAACCAGAAAUAAGUGCCCCACCGGAAGUAAGUUCCCCACCGGAAGUAAGUUCUCCACCGGAUGUAAGUACCCCACCGGACGUAAGUGCCCCACCGGUAGUAAAUACCCAACCGGAAGUACAUACUCCGCAGGAAGAAAAACCUUUUUCAGGUGUUGAACCCUUAUCGGCGGAAGAGACUCCGACAGGAACAGUGAUACCGGAUGAAAUGCCCCCCGUGGAAGAAGCUUUACCCGAGGAAUAUGCCGUGACCCAACGAAAGCCGUUACUACACGAAAAUGGUUUGAAAACGGAUGAAACGUUGAACGGGAAUUCAUAUGAGAAAAUCGAGCAGGAAACUACGUUGGAAAGCUGUGAACCACCU